AUGUCGGGCUCCGAUCUCGUGGACCAUUCCCCUCAUCAUCCCACCAAAGCCUCACGGCUUGAUAGCGCGUCAAAUGUCAUUUUGAUCGACAACUAUGAUUCUUUUACCUGGAAUGUUUACCAAUAUCUCGUUCUUGAGGGCGCCACCGUUCAGGUGUUUCGCAAUGAUGAAUUAUCCUUGGAGGAAUUGAUCGCCAAAAAGCCGACCCAAUUGGUCAUCAGUCCUGGUCCGGGCCACCCGACAACCGACGCUGGAAUCAGUAACGCUGCAAUUCAAUACUUCAGCGGCAGAGUACCAGUUUUUGGUGUGUGUAUGGGUCAGCAGUGCAUUAUCUCUUCCUUUGGUGGCAAAGUCGAUGUCACUGGCGAGAUCUUGCAUGGUAAGACGUCCGUGAUAACACAUGACGGCAAGGGUGCAUAUGAAGGGCUGCCGACCUCGCUCGCCGUGACUAGAUAUCAUUCCCUUGCUGGAACCCACUCAACGAUCCCUGAUUGCUUGGAGGUAACCUCUUACGCCCAGCUGGGUGAGGAUAGUAACAAAACCGUUAUCAUGGGCGUGAGGCACAAGCAGCUUGCCGUGGAGGGUGUCCAGUUUCAUCCUGAAAGUAUUCUCACCGAGUAUGGCCGGGGGAUGUUUAGGAACUUCCUCAAACUUACAGCGGGUACAUGGGAGGGUAACGGCAAACAAUCCAGUGCACAGAGUGGCACUUCUGUUGCGACUGGGUUGGCUGCCCCGAAUAGCACCUCGAAGGUAGACAAGAAGACAUCCAUCUUAGAAAAGAUAUAUGAUCACCGCAGGGCUGCUGUUGCCAUCCAGAAGGCUAUUCCUUCGCAACGGCCCGCGGAUCUUCAGGCUGCUUACGACCUCAACAUUGCUCCUCCACAAGUCUCAUUUCCUGCCCGUUUAAGACAAUCACCUUAUCCGUUGUCUCUUAUGGCCGAGAUCAAGCGCGCUUCCCCUUCCAAGGGUAUGAUUGCAGAGAACGCGUGUGCCCCCGCCCAGGCUAGAGAGUACGCCAAGGCCGGCGCCAGCGUUAUUUCUGUCCUCACUGAGCCAGAAUGGUUCAAAGGCAGCAUCGAGGACUUGCGUGCCGUCCGCCAGAGCUUAGAAGGCGUUACAAACAGACCUGCAAUCUUAAGGAAGGAGUUUGUCUUCGACGAAUAUCAGAUUCUAGAAGCCCGUCUUGCUGGGGCUGAUACUAUUCUGCUCAUCGUGAAAAUGCUCAGCGUUGAGCUUCUUACAAGAUUGUAUCACUAUUCUCGCAGCUUGGGAAUGGAGCCUCUCGUUGAGGUUAAUACUCCGGAGGAAAUGAAGAUUGCGGUCCAGCUUGGAGCCGAGGUGAUUGGCGUAAAUAACAGAGACUUGACAAGCUUCGAGGUUGAUCUCGGUACGACGAGUCGUCUCAUGGACCAGGUUAAUGAGAAUACUAUUGUUUGCGCUCUCAGUGGAAUUUCCGGGCCCAAGGAUGUCGAGGCUUACAAGAAGGAAGGUGUCAAAGCAAUUCUCGUGGGAGAGGCACUUAUGCGAGCAUCUAACACAUCUGCUUUUGUUGCAGAGCUUCUCGGAGGGUCUUACGAGAAAUCUGCUCAAGCUUCACGAGCCUCGCCGUUAGUCAAGAUCUGCGGUACACGAUCUGAAGACGGAGCUCGGGCGGCAAUUGAGGCUGGUGCUGAUCUGGUUGGUAUUAUUCAGGUACAGGGACGAAAGCGAACUGUUUCAGACGAUGUUGCUCUUCGAAUUUCUCAAGUUGUGAAGUCGACGAAACGACCUGUGCGUCAUGCCGCUUCGACAACUCAAGGAACAUCAAAUGCAGCCUCGGUUGAUUACUUUGAUCAUGCUACCAAUGUUCUACGCCAUCCCAACCGCGCCCUGCUCGUGGGUGUGUUCCAAAAUCAGUCAUUGUCGUACAUCCUGGAGCAGCAACAAAAGCUGGAACUUGACGUAGUUCAAUUACACGGUUCUGAGCCAUUGGAAUGGGCUAGGUUAAUACCGGUGCCUGUCAUCCGCAAAUUCGGUCUUGAGGAGACUGGAAUUGCACGAAGAGCAUACCACACUCUGCCCCUACUUGAUUCUGGAGCUGGUGGCUCGGGUGAAUUGCUCGACCCAUCCGGUGUUCAAAACGUUCUGGACAGCGAUGCUGGCCUGCGUGUUAUCUUGGCUGGCGGGUUGGAUCCCACAAACGUUGCUGACACGAUCAAGAAGCUAGGAAACUCAGGUCACAAGGUUGUUGGGGUAGAUGUCAGUUCUGGUGUGGAGUCGGAUGGCGCUCAGGAUCCGAGUAAAAUCCAUGCUUUCGUGCAGGCAGUGACAGGACUUCAGCAGUAA